AAGGUCCAUCUGGGCAGAAAUUUGCUGUGAUGGCUUGGGCAGCCCCUCAAAGCAGCAAUUGCAACACCCAAUAGAAACUCAGAUGAAUGCUGCUCAGGGCUCCAAAUUCCGCAGUCUCGUUGACGACUCGGGUCUAGAAGCGACACAGUAACAGCUUGGCCCUGUCCAAGUUUUUCUCUUCCCCCACUAUUGCUGUGGCAUAGUUACCGCAGCCCGCAGCCGCAUUCCCGCUCGCCCGCCCAUUCCCGAACGCCCAAUUCCAGGUCCCGUUCCCAACCGUCCAGUCUUGGUUGCUUUGGGUGGCCGCCAUGUCCACACCGCGUGUCCCCGCCUGGAAGCGAUUGGGCCUCAAGCUCAAGGGACCUGCAUCUGGCGAAGCUAUCCCUAGCUUGGCCGGCCCUAACGGUGGCACAAAGACCUCGGCGCCGAUCCCCAAUGCCCACCAAGCCCGUGUAAACGGAAGUCCGGCGAGCGCCCUCAAAAGGAAGCAACCUGGCUCUGCUUCCACACCGAGCGCUGCCUCUGCGCACACGCCGAACAAAAAGCCGAGGAAGGAAGAGCACACAGCUGCGGAUCGCGGGACCCCGUCAUCGGCGAAGAAAUCAGUGUCGUUUGCCCACGGCACGAAAGAUAACGCCAAGGACAAGACUCCUCAACCGCCGAAAAAGAAGGCUAAAAAGAAAAAGUCCAAGAAGAAGACCAAGAAGGCGACCGACGGCCCCAAAGCCGACUUCAGCCUUGAGCCGUCACUCGACUACCUCCGCCGGUGGCACACGGCGAGAGACUCGUGGAAGUUCAACAAGAACCACCAGACUCUCCUGAUCAAGUACCUCUUCGACGGAGACCGGAUCCCCUCGGCCGACGUUCCAAUCUUCUACGAAUAUAUCCGGAAUCUGAAGGGCUUCGUGCGGACACGUCUACGAGACACGGCGGCAGAGAUCAGAAAGAAAGACAUGGAGGACGGGGCAGCCGCGUUCCCGGCCUCGGUCCAGGACAAGGAGACAAGGCAAAAGGAAUACGAAGACGCAAUAUCCCGUUUCUUACAAGACGUCCAACAGCGCCAAAAACGGCACAACGGCACCAGCACCAACGCAAAUGGCAAGCGCGCCAUCGACGAGGUCAAGCAGCGCCUGCUCAAGCGCAUACGCGCCGAGCUGGUCCUCGACGAGCUAUCAGACAGCGGCGAGAGCAGCACAUCGACAGCGACAACAACAACGACGGAAAGCACAUCAUCGUCUUCGGCCGAGGGCACGACCCCUGCCGCCGCCGCCGCCGAAGGGAAGCGGCGAAGCGACGGUUCGCAGCAGCCGGCCAAGCGACGCCGAUUACGGAAAGUGCGCACAGACAUUGCCGACGACGACAGCAGUUCGUCCGAGUCGGAGUCGUCGGAGAGCGAGUCCGAGGAGAGUAGCUCGAGCGAGGAGUCGGAGGACGAGGAGAUGGAGGACAUGGCACCGGACGGAAAUGAAGACUCGAGUUCCAGCAGCAGCAGCAGCAGCUCUUCGUCGUCCGAGGCUGAGUCCGAUUCGGAGGACGAGUCGGAAGGCGAGAGCGAGUCCGGGAGUAGUAGUAGCGAGGAGGAUUGACGAUGACAGUGAGCGGAGGGGAGGCCGGGAGAGUGGUGUAUCC